AUGCUUUUCUCUUUUUAUGGCCUGAAGUCUUUGCAAAUCUACCCGUUUGCAGAUGUUGUAGGAUCAGCUAUUGGUUUCACAGUGUUCAGUGCUCUUCUCUCUUCAUGGGCGCUUACCUUUGCCAUCGGAGGGGAACAGCUUUUCGGCCAUGUUUGGGAUGAACUAGUCAUGUACAAUGUUGCUGACAGAUAUGGUUUGUCAGUCAUUACUGGAACUAGCAUCCCCUUAACAGAGCUCUGA